GACAACAAUUUUACAUAAAGGCUUCUGCUUUUGAAAGUAUAGGGUCACGUAUGGUGGGAGGUUGGCUAGGAGGAGCCAGCUACAGAUGUGGCUUGCCUAAAAUGUGGAGCGGCACAACUUGGUGUCUGUAAAUCCCAAAGACGGUCCAUGAGUCACCGCUCGCUUCAGCUAAAAGAUUGUCCCAGAGAAGCACCUCUUGGAUUUCAAUGAGUGUUAGAGACAUGCAGUAGCCUGAGCCAUUCAGUGACACUCAAAGCCUCGAUGCCUCCUUUCUCGUGUGAUAGGCCUGCACCUCUCUGUUCAGUUUUUCUACCUCUUAUUUGUUCUAGUCUUUGACUACUUUGUCAUUCCCAUCAUUUCCUUGUCAAUCUCAUCUGAGCUGAGGCCAAAGGCUGUAAAUUCCUCAGAAUGGUUGCUGAUGUAGACACGGCAUCUCAGGGUAGUGGCGUACGGCUGAAGCAGGAGAUUUCCCUCCUUCAUGGCGUCUGUCUCAUUGUGGGAAACAUGAUCGGCUCAGGCAUCUUUGUCUCGCCUAAGGGAGUCCUUAUGUACACUGGCUCAUUUGGGCUGUCCCUGGUCGUGUGGGCCAUCGGAGGGGUAUUCUCUGUGUUUGGAGCGUUAUGCUAUGCUGAGCUUGGUACCACCAUCCGUAAAUCUGGUGCCUCCUAUGCCUACAUCCUUGAAGCCUUUGGUGGUUUCUUGGCUUUUAUUCGACUGUGGACAUCCUUGAUGAUUGUAGAGCCGACUUGUCAAGCUGUGAUAGCCCUGACCUUCUCCAGUUACCUGGUCCAGCCUUUCUACCCCACCUGUUCAGCCCCCUAUGAUGCCGUCCGUCUUAUUGCCGCUGUCAUCAUAUGUGUGCUCACAUUUGUGAACUGCAUGAAAGUGAAGUGGGGUGCCAUUCUUCAGGUCAUCUCUACUUUUGCCAAGGUCAUUGCUCUAAUUGUCAUCAUCAUUGCCGGACUGGUUAGGCUGGGACAAGGUUUUAACCAGAACUUUGAGGAUUCUUUCAAAGACUCCAAGCUGAACCCUGGUGAUAUGGCCCUGGCCCUUUAUUCAGCACUCUACUCUUACUCUGGCUGGGAUACGCUCAACUUCAUUACAGAGGAGAUCAAGAACCCAGAGAGGAAUCUCCCCUUGUCCAUUGCCAUUUCAAUGCCCAUCGUCACAGUGAUCUAUAUCUUGACCAACAUAGCUUACUAUGUCGUCAUGGAUGCAGAUACAGUGCUCAACAGCGAAGCUGUUGCUGUGACAUUUGCAGAUGAGGUGCUGGGCUGGGCUCGUUGGCUGAUUCCUCUUUCUGUGGCCAUUUCCUGUUACGGAGGCCUCAACUCAUCAAUCAUUGCAGCCUCGAGGUUGUUUUUUGUUGGUUCCAGAGAAGGCCACCUACCUAAUGUGCUUUGCAUGAUCCACAUUAAACAUUUCACCCCGAUUCCUGCCCUACUUUUCAAUGGUGGCAUGUCUCUGUUGUACUUGACUGUGCCAGAUGUUUUCCGGUUAAUCAACUACUUCAGUUUUAACUACUGGUUAUUCAUUGGCCUGUCGAUAGCCAGCCAGAUCUACCUUCGCAUCAAAGCUCCUGAUCUGCACCGACCCAUUAAGCUAUCUUUGUUCUUCCCAAUAGUCUACUGCCUGUGCAGCGUAUUCCUGGUGGUGGUGCCGCUCUACAGUGACACUGUCAACUCUCUAGUGGGGAUUGGCGUGGCACUUUCUGGGGCACCGAUCUACUACAUUUGUGUCCAUCUGCCUCGCAGCUCCAGACCAGCCUUCCUUGGAAAAAUGCUCAAUGCGAUAUCUCUAUACACCCAGAAACUGUGCAUGUGUUGUGUGGCGUCGCCAGAUAUUGAUCUGGACAACAUAGACCCGGGGAAGAUCGAAUGAUCGAUGGACAGACAAACUCAGACUAAAGUACUGUAUGGAGAGAUGAAAGAGGAUGAACGAACACAAUAUGAAGGAAUCUGGGAGCGGCAGACAAUCAGGACUGAGAUGAGCAUCGCUGGAACGAUUAAAGAUGGAUGGAGACUGUGCAGAGAUGAGCACACCACACCACUCGAUCUCCUCCUCCUCUUCUUUUCUCACAAAUGUGCCAUAAAUAAGGAAGGAGCAGGAUUUUACUCAGACCGUUCAUUAUAGGCAAGUGCACAAACGCAGUGUUGGUUGAUCAGUUCCAUCCACACAAGCCUACACACUGCACCUCACACUCCUACAUAAGCUUAUCACAGCUAAGUUUGCUCAACAUUAUUAUUAUUAUUAUUAUUAUUAUUGUUUAUAAAAAUAACAGUAAUAUGAUUAAUAGUAUAAUUGCAAUAUAUUAUAUUUUAUUGUUGUAAUAAUAAUAAUGAUAAUAUUAAUAAUAAUGACGAUUAUUAAGUGUAUAUCUACGGCAGCAAAUUUAGUCCAAAAAUCUUGAUUUUUGAACUUGAGACCUCAAAGAAGAGCAAACGGUUUUUGCACAAAAAUUUUUCAUUUUGAAGGAGACCAUUUAAAAAAAUGGUUUUAAAAAAAAAAAGAGUAAUUAAGGCGCGGUCCUGCUGUAUAUAUAUAUAUGAUCACAAAUCCGUCAUGCUGCUUGCCAUCCACCACAGCUCCAUGUGGGAACAUUGACAUCAUCUUCAGGGCUCUUUUUAAGUUCAGGUGCCUCCUAGUGGUAGCUUAAAGAACUUCCAUUGAUAAGUCAUAAAACUUUCCAAAGUGUCAUAUAAGAGUCUGUCUGUGCUUCUGUGUGUUUUAUCUCGUGUUUGUACUGUUACUCGUCACCUUGUUGCUUCAUUUCAUCUGUUUACAUAUAUGUACACACAAUUCAUUUAAAAGUAAAAAAUUUGAUUUUUUUUUUUAGGUACACACCUCAGUGAUGAUGCUUAUGAGCGCACAUUGUUAAACUUUUAAAAAACAACAUAAGGAUUUCUAUUGCAGAUGAAAUAUUUAUUAUAUUUUUUCAGUUUUUAAUGAUGGGCGGUUGUCACAGAGAGCAGAUCGAUUGUUGGACCAUCAUGCAGUAAAGUGAAAAUUCACAGCUGUAGUGUGUUUAUAUGGUGUGUUUUGUGGUGUACUUUUUGUGUUCAUAGACUGUACGUGCCUUCAGUGAGGUGGGUCUAUAGAUGUGACGUCACCACAUUUGUUCUUGAGCACAGUCGCUGACAUGUCGAUGUAAAGCUUGCCAAAUGUGUUUCAAGUCGUCAUCUUUCAUUAGUUUCUUCAAAUUGAAGCUGCCUAUCACAAAAACACAGGCAGUAGUUGUUGGUCAGUUUGUCAUCAGCUAGAAAUAAUCAGUCCUUAGAUUUAAAAAAAAAAAAAAAAAAAAAUCUGCUUAGCCUCUGGACACGAGCACUUCCUCCUUACGAGCUAGCGGGAGCACAUGGUUUGUUGCUUCAUGUGCUAAUUUCUUUUCUGGGAUCAGUAGUCAUUGUUUAAACCAAAUGAGUGGGCCGUUUAAACACAACAGCUGUAUAUGUAUAUUUCAGUAUAUUGUAAUAAAAUGAACCUAUUAUUCUCAGAAAAUGCAAAAUAAGAAUGUUAUAACAAAUUUGUUGUUUCAUUGGGUACCAAAUAUGUGUUUUCUGGUUGUUUGAAAGCUUUUGUGCUGAAUGUGUCUUAAGUACCUGCUUUUUUUUCCACUGUUCUUAUUUAUUUUGCCCAGACGUGAGCUUCUCCAAUGGGACGAAAACGUGUUCGCUCACUCAGAGGCAGAAAGUGAGCUGUGUGUUUUAUCUGAAUAAAGUUGAGUACAGACUGUA